AUGGUGAGCAUAAAAUCGCCAGUUGUUGGUAGCCGUGACGACGGCUCAAGCAUAUCCGACCCAAGCAAAAACCGCCUUGCCUUGGCGCAAACUCUUUCUCUCGAGGACUUUGCGGUCGUGGAAGAGUCACUAAAGAGGAAGCUGGAUAUUAGGCUUCUUGGGACCCUCUUCCUCAUCUUCAUUAUGAAUUAUCUUGAUAGAAACAACAUCGCCGCCGCCAAGGUCGCUGGCAUAAAAGAAACUCUCAACCUCUCAUCAACGGAAUACUCGACCGCUGUUUCAAUCCUUUUUGUCGGCUACAUUCUCAUGCAAAUUCCGUCCAACGUCUUCCUUUCACAGCUCAGGCCAUCGAUAUAUCUGCCCACGGUUAUGGCUAUCUGGGGAACUCUUUCCGCCUGCACUGGUGCCGUUAAAGGAAUGGGUGGACUAUACUCCAUUCGCUUCUUCCUCGGUAUAGUUGAGGCGUGUUAUUAUCCUGGCGCACUGUUCCUUCUAUCCUCGUUCUAUAAACGAUCGGAACUCGGUACUAGGUGUUCUAUCCUGUUCGCAGGAUCUCAGCUCGGGAGUGCCUUCUCUGGCCUUAUUGGCGCCGGCAUAAAACAGGGACUAGACGGCGCACGGGGCAUAGAAGCAUGGCGAUGGCUGUUCAUCAUCGAGGGCUCUAUCACCGUCUUCAUCGCCAUAUGCGCCGUCUUUCUUCUGCCCGACUGGCCAUCCAACACCAAAUGGCUGUCCCCCAAAGAACGCUCGGUGGCCGAAUGGCGGCUAAUCUGUGACGCCGGCCAGGUAGACGAAGACGACGAAAAGUGGAGCUAUGGCUUCAAGAUGGCUUUUGUUGACUGGCGUAUGUACAUAUUCGCCUUCCUCCUUCUCUGCGUGCAGGUUGCCAGCGCAACGUCGAACUUCUUCCCCAGCGUUGUGGACACAUUGGGGUUCAGCAAGACCAACACUCUGCUGCUGACUGUACCUCCUUAUAUCAUUUCCGUCUUCCUCAUCAUUGCUAACAACCACUCAUCGGAUCGCCUCGGCAACUCAUCAUUUCACGUCAUUGGGCCGAUGUUAUUGGCAUUGAUCGGUUUCAUUGUGGCAUCCUCUACACUAAAUACUGGUGCGAGGUAUUUUGCUAUGAUUCUCAUGGUAUCGGGCGGUCAUGGCUCUAAUGCUGUAAUCGUCGCUUGGAUUCAAAAGACCAUGCUUCGUCCUCGUAUCAAGCGAGCCGCGGCAGUGGCGUUCGUGAAUGCUGUUGGUAAUGUGGCUCAGGUCUUCUCCUCUUAUUUAUAUCAGGACGAAACGGCGCCUAGGUAUGUUCCAGCCAUGGCAGCGAACUCUGCUUUCGCUGUAGUUGCGAUUACUAUGGCUCUUGUCAUUCGAAUCAUUCUACUGAGGGCAAACAAGGAGCUUGAUAAUGGCUCCAAAGAUGUCGCGGAUGUUAUGAAAGGCGAAGCGCAAGCUGAGAUCGGAGGGCUUACACAGGAGGAGCAGAAAGAGAGGAAGAAGGGCUUCCGUUACAUCGCUUGA